AUGGCGACAACCAAGUAUACCAUCGAAGCGGACGCCUACUAUAAGCUCUACUUCCACGCAGCGAAGCAUCCGCACAAACCCGUCAAUGGUGUUCUCGUUGGAACACAGGACGGACCAGGCAAGCCAGUGACAAUUGUCGACUCAAUUCCGUUGCUGCACCAUUGGACAAGUCUGAGUCCGAUGAUGGAGAUUGGAUUAGAUCUGGCUUUUCAACACGCUGGUAGUGAAGGCUUGAAGAUUGUUGGAUACUACCAAGCAUGCGAGCGGUUAGACGAGACGAUUCUAGCGCCUGUUGGAGAGAAGGUGGCAGGGAAGAUCAAGGCAAAAUUCGAGGACGCUGUUGCUUUCGUGAUCGAUGGGCGGCGACUAGGGAACAGCGAAGCCGCUUUAGUGCCCUACAUCUCGUCGUCCUCAAGUUGGCGUCCUGCUCCUAGUGAUCCUCCGCCCUUUACACCAGGAUCGCGAUUCCAGCUGGGGUCUUCCGACCUUCCAGCACAAGCAGCCAGACUUGUGCAGGAACAGAACUCUCAGUUCGCGUUCGGAGACUUUGACGACCACCUAGAGGACGUAACAAUCGGACCACCACCACCUCGAGUCGUCUCUCGUCCAUCAUCAACGCUCACCCUAGGCGAUUUCCACCAAGUCUCCCCUCACUCUCGUCCUAUAUAUGUCGGGCCCGUCAUGUCCCCUCAUCGUCGCCGUUGUAUCACAUCGCGGCUGACGCUCGAGCGUUGUCGCUGGCCGACGGUCAUUCAUGACGCUGCCGACAUCGUUUACACCAUCCCGCCCUGGAACGUUCAACGCCAUCUUCCAUCACGGUUUCGUUCUUACAUCGUGCCCGCCUUACUCCCAAAACCCUAA